GAAUCUAAAUCGAAACUGAAAUUUGGAAAACAAAUAUGUCGCACUUCUCUUUCUCGAAGCUGAAAAAUCGGUGAAAUCGGUAAAUUGUUGGUAGGCUACGGUUUUAAUUGUGUUAUCACAGUGCUAAAAUGUACAUGAAACUAACGGAGUAAUCAAGUCAUGAAAUCAUACCGAUAUAUAGGUAUUGUAAAAUGCCUUUAGUCCGUUUACAGGCUUUAUUUCAGCCCUGCUGAAGCUACUAUUCAUGUAGAUUAUUCAUGUGUGCAUGCAUAUUGUUGUGGCGAAUCUUCAAAUAUUUGGAAUUUGAAUCCAUAUGCGAGGUCUACAAUUAGAUUUUAAUACAGACGACAUUUUCCAUAUCGCUGUCCACAAAUGAGUGUUGCUGCAGCAGUAACCUCAAAACUAAAAUCCGCGCAAACAGAUGUACAAAAAUGAAACUAUGGUGCGUCUUUACGAGUGACGGGCUUUGUUUAUCGAAAAAGGCCUGAACAAUUAUUGUAAAUAAAAUAAAAACUCCAAGUAGCCUCGUAGCCCAGAUACGGCGCGAAAAAAUGAGUUCCAAGGAGAAUCCUCCAAAGAAAAAAGGAUGCGACAAAGGCAUCGUGAAGAGGUUUAAAAUGAGACUUGACCUCAUAUUUGACUACAAUGGCUUAGUUAAUCAAGGAGCAACCUGUUAUUUAAACAGUGUGCUGCAGGUCCUCUUCAUGACUAAGAACUUCAGAGAGGCUGUGGAAAGUCACUGUGGUCAAGAUCAGAAGACUGCUGAUUUUCACCUGAAAAGCCUUUUUAAGGCAUUGAAGACAAGUGAAACUCACACAAAGGACAUCUUAUCCAUACUUGGCAUUAGAAAUGUUUACGAGCAACGGGAUGCUGCUGAAUAUUUUGAGAAUAUUUUAAGCAUGGUCAAUCCUUAUGUGUCUAAGAUCUUCAAAGGACAUUUGAGACACACAAUGAGAUGUUCAGAAGGUCAUGUGACCAGUGUUGAAACUGGUCCAUUCUGGACUCUGCCACUCUCAAUAGAAAAUCCAUCAGACUCAAACAAAACCUACAGUGUGAGGGAUGGUUUUGAGAAGUUUUUCAAGUCUUCAACUGUCAGUGAGAUGUAUUGCGACCAAUGCAAUGAGAAAACCUAUUCAACCAUUGCAUGUAAAAUGGAACAUCACCCAGAGAUUCUGACUCUGCUCCUCAAGAGGUUUGAGUUUGACUACCACAGUAUGUCAUAUACCAAAAAUGACUGCUGUGUUGAAGUUCCUCACACGUUACGGACAAAGAACUGUGACUAUGAACUCUAUGCAGUGGUGGACCAUGUGGGAAGUCUAAGAGGUGGACAUUACACUGCUAGAAUCAAGUCCUAUGAUGAUCACAACUGGUAUGUGUUCGAUGACAGCUACGUCAGACAGCCCAAUCCACAAUCAAUCAGUCAUAUGAAUAAUGAAAGAUCCCAGAGUGUGUAUCUGCUUAUGUACAAGAAAUCACGUGCUCCAGAUCAACCAGAAGAGGAAAUUAAGAAAAGAGGAGGAAUUAAAGUGUAUGGAAGAGGAAUGGAAGAAAAUAGAAGAAGAAUUGAGGAAAAUAAAAGAGGAAUGGAAUAAAAUCAAAGCGGAAUUGAAGAAAAUAAUCAAUGUAGAAUCAUAGAGUAUAGCAUUGCAAUUGGAGAGAAUAUAUGUGGAAUUCAAGACAUGGGUAGACAACAAUGGAAGAGGCAUUGAUGACAUUCCUCAACAAUUCAUGACAAUAAGAGAGACAGUGAAGAUGAUAGAAGAGGAAGAGAAGAGAAUAUACGGAGUUGACGAGUAUAGAACAGAAAUUUAAAUGAAUACAAAAGAAAUUGAAAUGUAUAGAAGAGGAAUUGAAAAGCAUAGAAGAGGAAUUGAAAAGUAUAGAAAAGGAAUCGGAGAGUAUAGAAGAGAAAGUGAAGGGUAUGGAACAGGAAUGAAAUAUAAUAGAAGAGGAAUGGAAGAGUGUAGAAGAGGAAUUGAACAUAUGACGGAGUCUGCUACGUCCCAUUGGGGACGCUAAGUCACUUAAAGCUAACUGCCAGUUGAAGUCUCUGGGAAAGUGAUAUCAACAAUGGCAACUAACAGCUUCACUAGCCAGCUAUUCUGCUUAAAGCCUAGGCUAUCAUUCAGCAAUAAAACAGGUACGCUUGGAACAAAUUAUAUUCUGUUUUAGGUCCCGCUUUAUUUGAAGUGCAUCUUAUGAAGGCUAAGGCUUCAUAAAGCA